AUGAAUAAAACAUUAAAUAUAUUAUUCAAUAAUAAAAAUUUUAAAGUUGUAAAUCCUGCUAAUAUAAAAUUUAUAAAUAAUAAUAAUUAUUAUACAUCACCAAUCAAUAAAUAUAUAAAUAAUAAUAAUUUCAUUUUUAAUAAAUCACCAGAAUCCUCAAUCAACAAAUUUUAUAGUACAACAAGUACACAAAACGGUUGUGGUAAUAAUAGUAAUUGUAGUUCAACUUGUGGUAGUAACAACAAUAAUAAUAAUAAUAAUAAUAAUAGUAGUGGUAGUAACCAUGGUAGUGAACUUUUAAAAAAAAUAAAAGCAAGUCCAUGUUGGUCAUGUAAUGAACAUAUUGAAAAGAAAAAGAUAUUUUGCCCAAUGUGUAAUAAAGUUCAACAAAUGGAUGAUAGUAUUGAUAUAUUUUAUCUAUUUGAUAUGUAUGUAUUUAUUCUAUUACACUUUCUAAAUCUUUUUCUUUUUUUUUUUUGUAAACCAUCAUUUCGUGUAGAUUUAAAAGAUUUAUCACAUAGAUUUAAAAAGUUACAAAAACAAUUACAUCCAGAUUUAUUUGAACAAAGUGAUAGUCAAAAAGAGAAGAAUAUAUCAAAAGAGAUUACAACAUCUUUAAAUACAGCACAUAACAUAUUGAAAUCACCAUUUUUAAGAGCAGAAUACAUUUUAAAUCAAAAGGGAUUAGAUUUAUCAUCAGUAGGUGAUGUUGACCCAGAAGUUUUAAUGGAGGUUUUAGAGGUUAGAGAAGCAAUUGAUGAAGGUACCGAAGAGGAUAUUACAAAGAUUGCACAUGAAAAUCGUCAAAAGAUUAAUGAUGUAGUUGAAAAAUUAGAAAACGAAUUUCAAAAUAAAAAUUAUCAAGAAGCUUUAAAACAAACUGUUUAUUUACGUUAUUUAACAAGAAUUCAAGAAGAAGUUCAUAAUAGAUUAGAUACUCAUAUUUAA